AUGCAAGAUCUCUCAACGCAUCAACGAAGCACCGCUCCAUCCGACCUCCAUUACUGGCCUCCCUGUGUGCAACCUCCAGACCCUUUGCAUCUCGCCACUGUCAAACUACAUCCACGCACGGCCCACCGUCAUUCCGCUCGAUGCAACCAUACAUCUGUCAUUGAUCUCCAGGACCGUGAAUCGUGGCUCGAUCCGCCGUUCUCGUCCCACACCCCGUCGCGAGACAAAUCCUUCCGCAGAACUCACUGUGAGGCCGUCCUCCACACCGACCGCUCGAACGCCUUCGAUUCCCCUGUUCCAGCUGCAAACCGCCACCAUAUAGCAGCUCCGGCCACGCCUCUUCCUAGAUCCACCACCGAGAAAGUAUUUGUUUACGGUGUCUCAGAGAGAGACUGA